AUGGCAACUCCCAAAGGACGGAAAAAGUCGGAUAAAGAGAAAAUCGAUGAACCUUUCUCGGAACACAAGGACUCGUCGAAGAAGUCCAGGAAUACCCUGCAGGAGGACAAGGCUUUGAAACUGCGCGCGUGCUUGUCCUGCCGUUUGCUGCGCACGGAGGCGGAGGUGAGCACGGGCGCGGCCAAUCGGCGUGACCAAGCGUUCUACCAGAAUGGCUGUAGUAACUGCAAGUUCUUGCAGAUGGCCGGAGAUCGGCACCGUAUCCACGACUGCACGACAGAGAACUUCAAUGGAUUCAUGGCGAUAACCACCCCGACCAAGUCUUGGAUGGCUCAAUACAACGACCUGAGCAAGUACGCCCCGGGCUUCUACGCGUUGCAGGUGGUGGGAGAGUUACCGGAGUCCAUAAGGGACUUGAAGUCGAACUAUUAG